AUGUCCUACCCCAGCAGCUCUCCAACCGCUAACACCUUUUUGGUAGAUUCCUUGAUUGGGGCGUGCAGAACAGAUAAUUUCUAUUCCAGCAGCGCUAUGUAUAUGCCAUCCAGUGCAGAAUUGGGAAGUUAUGGAAUGCAAACCUGUGGACUCCUGCCGUCUCUUGCCAAACGGGGGGAAGUAAACCACCAAAAUGUUGGCAUGAACGUGCACUCGUACAUACCUCAGCUUGAUAACUGGGCAGACCCGACUAGAUCCUGCCGAAUAGAGCAGGCGUCUAACCAGAUGCCCUCUUGCACAUUUUCCCAGAACAUAAAAGAAGAAAGCAACUGCUGCAUGUACUCCGACAAGAGAGCAAAGGUCAGCUCGUCCGAGAUGCCCGCGUACUCGAAUCUAAUGUCAGAGCCGUGUACAGUGGACGGUCCGGAGAUUCCGGUCCCGGGUUAUUUCAGACUGAGUCAAACGUACACGACGGCAAAAAACCAGGACUAUAGCCAUGAGACGAACACGCCAAAUACACUGAUGCAGCUGAACCGACUGACUCCAAAACCGCACUCCGCUUCCAUUGCCGAAGCGGAAAAGAAGAUUUCGGAGACCGAGGAAGAGACGCGCAGCCCAAGUCCGGAGAACACGGCGAGUUCUCAGGAGGAGAAGAGUAGCACUGCCGAAGCGUCUGUCUCCAGCCCGGAAUUGCCACACAAGGAAACGAAAGAUUGCAAAACGGAUACACCUACAAGCAACUGGUUAACUGCGAAGAGUGGCAGGAAAAAGAGAUGCCCAUAUACAAAGUAUCAAACAUUGGAAUUAGAAAAGGAAUUUUUAUUCAACAUGUACCUGACUCGAGAGCGCCGUCUAGAGAUCAGUAAAAGCGUAAACCUCACCGACAGACAAGUGAAGAUUUGGUUCCAAAACCGCAGGAUGAAGCUAAAGAAGAUGAGCAGAGAAAACCGAAUCCGGGAACUUAACUCAAAUCUUACCUUUUCGUGA